AUGAAUAAUCAGGAUAAUAAUACGCAAACAUCUCCAAGAAAGAUUGAUAUUCAUUCUCCAUCAAAUUCAUUGACAAAAAAAGAUAAAUUCAGCGAUACAUUACGUCAACAAAUGAAAGAAAUAUGUCAUUGUCUAAUGAAUUUUAUACGUGAACAAAAACCAUUUAAUAAUACGAUUGAGCAAAAUAUUCGAAUGAUCGAAACAUCUCUUACACCACCAGGAACAUCCAAAUCCGUUGAUCCUGUUUUUCAACAAUCGCAACAGCAAGUGCUAACACAAGGUCUCAUUGUUAAUUUAAAUUCAGCGUAUCGUGAAAUAGCUGUAUUACAAUCAGAAAUCAAUUCAUUACAAUCAAAAAAUUCACGUUUAUCAUCAUCGAAACAACGAGAUCAAGCACAACAACCACAAAGUAUGUUUCAAAGAGAUGAUUCAGAAGAUUCAAUCUACAGUAUUGGACAAAUUAAAAUCAGAAAUAAUGAACAGGCAAAUAUACGUUAUAAUCGAUACAAAACGUAUUAUGAUGAACAACUAUCAAAUGGUAUUAAUAUUGAAAAUUCAAGUAACACACCGUGCAAUAGUCAAAGUACUGGAAAACAGACAACAAUCUAUGUAGAAAAUAAAAAUAAUGAACCUUUAUUAAAUAGAAAUCAAACACCCACGAAACAUGAACAAAAUACAAUGUAUACAACAGAACAAUUUAGUUCACCAAAAUUAAUGAAUUAUCAAUCUGAUUACGACACUAUGAGUCGUCAUGUACAUCGUCGCUCUUCUAAAGAUAAUAUAGAAACAAAUCAAAAUAAGCCAUUUAAAAUUCAUCAACGUCCAUUAUCAUCGACGACAGAUGAUAAAAUUGAUUAUAGUCAUCAAAAAAAAAUGUCAACCGAUGAAAAUAGAAGUCCAUUAUCAUUUGAUCAAUUUGACGAACAAAAGCCUAGACUAUCAUCACAUUUACAAACUCGUUCAUACAUUGAUCAAAACAGUGAUGAUGACAUAAUUGAUCAAUAUCGACAAUAUGACGAGAAUUUACAUACACCAUUUUCUCCAACAUCGAUGCUAUAUUCAAAUUUAACCCAUAAAAACAUAUCAUCGUCUAUAUUUAAUGUUGAAACAAAACCAUCUGAUUUGGAUAACGUUGAUAUUCAAACGUUAGAUUUACAAAUUAAAAGUAUAAUGGUCCAUUUGAUACCUUAUAUGAGACUACAUAUUAAUGAAAUAUUUAAUUUGCUUAUUUUAAAUGAAAUUAAAGACAGAAUAUUAUUUUUGUCGAAACAGCAACCAGAUUCGUCCCAAUUUGUUCGAAAUUAUCAAAAUCAAUUUUCUUCCGUUUUAACAACAACAAUAGCCAAAUAUUGUGGAAAAACGUACGAAGUUCUAACAAGAAAAUGUUCCCAACUUAUUCGUGAAUGUACUGUCGAUUUGAUUCGAGAUAUCUCAGAAUUACUAUUUAAUGAAUUGGUCUUAUAUAAAUCAUAUGAAAAUUCAAAACUUAUAGAAACAAAUAAAUAUCACGAACGACACGAUGAUUAUAUUCAUUCAUUAUCGUCGACUACUCAACAACAACAGUCAUUGAAUGAUGAAGAAUUGGAUAAAAAUGAUGGCGAAUAUCAAAUUGAACUUGACAAAUCAAAAAGUAAACCGUUAAUAUUAAUUGGUUCCAAUGAAGAAGAUAAUGAUGCAGACGAGAACAAUAAUGAUGUUGAACAACCUGAAACUGCUGUCUUUCGUCAACAGGCAAAUGUUAAACCAUUAUAA